UCCGUCCCCGAGAAAACCUUCUCGAACCAAUAAAUGCCGAUGCGACGAGGCCCAAAACAUUGCGUCCCUUGAAAGCAUUCUUCGUUGAAGAUUUCGCCCAAUCGGGGCUCGAAUCCGGGGGUCGAACUGUUUGUUGCUUUUGGUACUUUGACGUUGUGGAUAAAGAUUGGCUUUGGUGUUAAACUUUAUCUCUUGCAAGGUGGAAAUGAGCAACGGCUACCACAGACCUGAAAAGCCUGCCUCAGGUCAAAUGAGGAAAUUGAAGGAGCUUAUGCUCAAGAGUGACAAUCGCAUUUGUGCUGACUGUGGUGCUCAAGAUCCAAAAUGGGCGUCAGCUAACAUUGGGGUUUUUAUAUGUCUGAAGUGUAGUGACAUUCAUAGAAGUCUUGGGACAGACAUUUCAAAGGUUCUGUCAGUGACAUUAGAUGAAUGGUCUGAUGCUGACAUUGAAUCCAUGAUUGAGGUUGGUGGGAACUCUUAUGCUAAUUCAAUCUAUGAGGCUUUUCUUCCCAAGCGGUUUCCAAAACCCAAGUCAAACUCAAGUUAUGAGGAGCGCAGCAAAUUCAUCAGGUCUAAGUACGAGUCACAAGAAUUCUUGAAACCAAGCUUGCGUAUUGUGUCCUCAAAGAUGUCUUUCAAUUAUGUAGAACCCAAAGAGAGCUUAAACUACCGGAUUGAUUCCAACAAUUCAAACAAGGCUGUAGAGAUGAGGGAAUUCAUUGGGGAUUUGAAGGUCAAGGUUGUAAGAGGCUCAAAUUUAGCUGUUAGAGAUAUGUUUAGCAGUGAUCCAUAUGUUGUCUUGACUCUUGGAGAGCAGAAGGCCCAGACAACAGUAAAACCGAGCGACUUAAAUCCAAUAUGGAACGAAGAGCUUACGCUGUCAGUUCCUCAAACAUAUGGCGCUUUGAAACUGCAAGUAUAUGAUCAAGAUGUAUUUUCUGCCGACGAUAUAAUGGGUGAAGCUGAGGUUGAUCUCCAGCCUAUGAUCACAUCUGCCAUGGCUUUUGGGGAUCCUGAGCUUCUUGGAAACAUGCAGAUCGGGAAGUGGUUAAAAACAAGCGACAAUGCACUUAUUAGUGACAGCAUCAUCAACAUUGUUGAUGGAAAGGUAAAACAAGAGGUCUCUCUACAGUUGCAAAAUGUCGAGUCUGGAGAAAUCGAAGUAGAACUGGAAUGGAUACCUCUAGAUGAAUAAUUUUCCUUAUGUUUUAUUGGCAUUGGACCCUCUUCCGAAGGCUCUUCUUUUCCUAAUAGAUAAUCUUUUGUAAAAAUAUCUAGUUUGUAUGGGCAGUAGUGUCAGUAAAUAUAAUUUACUGAAUCAGUGUCUCCAAUAAAUGUCAUCAGCUGAAGCUGAAAUAUGCUGGUAUUUGUUCAGUGUCGUCAUAGUAAAUGUAACAAUUAUUACUAUUUUGCUUGUUUGGUAAACUAUAUCUUCCUCUGGCAA